AUGACGUUCUCGAUUAAGAACGUCGACUAUGCCGAUUCAGUCUUCAAUGCUACCAUAGGGCUGGAAUUCGAUUCUGGUCUCGUUUCUACGUUCCAUUGGAUAUACUUGCUGGAUAACUGUACCUCUACGGAGUCUCUACACCCAGAAACGAAACAGAGGUUGAUUGAUGUCUUUAACGGAUCCGAGAUGCGCUCCCAGAAUGGGUUUGAGGACGCCAAUAAGGCAAUAGGCGGGCUUUUUGACGACAUUGAUUUUGAUAUAAUCAAUGGAAACCUUGUAUGCCGCUGGUCUGCAUCGAGCGUCUCGGAAUUCUCGCAGGGUUGGCUUUUGACACACUCCUAUUCUCCACAAUUAUUCACCAGGCAGCAGCAACUGCCUGAUAUACAACCUUGGAAUGCUGCGGAGUUCGGAAAUAUUGUUCGUCACGGUAAAGCAUACAAGUUUGAUCAGAUCCAAAGUACACUCCCAGACCUUCUUCAGGACAUUUACAAAUAUGGAUUUCAAUUUGUAGAGAAUGUUCCCGUAAGUCUAGAGGCCACUCAGAAGAUUUCAGAGUCGAUCUCGAUCAUUAGACCGACCCACUACGAUUUAGGGGUCUGGGACUUUACCUCCGACAUGUCUAAAAACGACACUGCGUACACCACUUUGGCCAUUGACAUGCAUACAGAUGGCAACUACUGGCACGAACCACCCGGUUUACAACUUUUCCAUCUUUUAGAACAUUCAGGCGGCACGGGUGGGGAGACCCGCAUAGUAGAUGUCGCGAGAGUGGUGAGACUUUUGCAAGAUCUAUCUGCGAAUGACAAAACCUGGAGCAGGGCUUACCAAAUACUUACGACCCAACCAAUUGCUUUCCACCAGGCUGGCGAAGAGGGCAUGGUUUUUAUAAAGAAUUCGUUUCCUGUGCUUACGGUCUCAGAAUCAGGGCAACUUCUGCAAUGUCGGUGGAACAAUAGUGACCGGUCGCCCCAGUUUCCGAAGUUGAUGUUUUCUGUGGGUCAGAUCUACGAAGCCCUGUUCAGAUUCAACGCGCUGAUAAACGAUCCGAAGAAUUUCGUUCAACUUCAACUGAUGCCAGGCAAAAUCCUAGUAUUUGACAACUGGAGAAUUCUACACGCUAGAAAUUCCUUCACUGGGUACCGCCGUUUGUGUGGUUCAUACUUAACGAGGGAUGACUUCUUGGCAAGAUUACGGUCGUCAUACAAUCAGAAGGAUGCUCUCUUAAACGCACUUUAA